AUGACGGAUGUUCUUAUGAACUUUGAUCAAAGCUUCAGUUCUUCAAUAGGUUCAUUACCAAACAAUAUUGUUAGAGAAAGCUACGUGAUCCACCUCAUGCUUGUGUUUCCUCUGCUCAACUUCUCUUUAAGAGCCAACCUGGAUGAACUCUUGUUCCUUUUGAAGAUUUCUUUGUUCCUAGGAUCAACUUCUACAGUCUCUAUAGCAUUCAUCUUUCCAGCUGCAAUUGUCCUAAGGUUCAAAUCUGAUACGGUGUUUUUGGAAAAUUGGAAGGAAUGUGAAUGGUAUCUCAACAUUAAGAGAGAAGGUUGUUGCUUCAGUAAUGCUUGCUCUUGCGGUUGCCACAAGUAUCAUUGCUUCACAAAGACAGAAGAAGCAUAA